CCUAAUCUCAAAGUCCAGCUGGUCAGUGAGCAGUGGAGCCCUUCCUCCGAACGGCUUCCGCAGGGAUUUGCCUCCUGCCUGGGAGACAUGACUCUAGCCUGGAGACAUGUGCUCAGAGCUUUGCACCUGGAGACCUCAUCGUCCAAGACCCCCAAGACGUGCCCUUCUCUGAGCCCAGGUGCUUUCUGGACGUCUGUAACCAAGCUCGGUCUUCAUACAAAACCCAGCAUGCCUCCGUGUGACUUCACACCUGAAAGAUACCAGUCCCUUGCCUACAGCCGAGUCCUGGAGAUCCACAAGCAACAUCUUUCUCCUGUGCCGACAGCAUAUUUCCCAACACCUCUGUUGCUCUCCCAGGGUCACAUGGAGUGGCUCUUUGACUAUGAGGGAAACAGAUACCUGGAUUUCUUUUCUGGGAUCGUCACUGUCAGUGUUGGUCACUGCCACCCGAAGGUGAACGCAGCGGCACAAAAGCAGAUUGGCCGUCUGUGGCACACAAGUACCGUCUUCUUCCAUCCUCCAAUCCACGAAUACGCAGAGAAGCUUUCAGCACUUCUUCCUGAGCCUCUGAAGGUCAUUUUCUUGGUAAACAGUGGCUCAGAAGCCAAUGACCUAGCCAUGCUGAUGGCCAGAGCACAUUCAAAUAACACAGACAUCAUUUCUUUCAGAGGCGCCUACCACGGGUGCAGUCCUUACACACUUGGCUUGACAAACGUGGGGCUCUUCAAGAUGGAACUCCCCAGUGGGAUGGGCUGCCAAUCAACAAUGUGCCCAGAUGUUUUCCGUGGGCCCUGGGGAGGAAGCCACUGCCGAGAUUCUCCAGUGCAAACCACUCGGAAAUGCAGCUGUGCACCAGGCUGCUGCCAAGCUAAAGACCAGUACAUUGAACAAUUCAAAGAUACUCUGAGCACUUCUGUGGCCAAAUCAAUUGCUGGAUUUUUUGCGGAGCCGAUUCAAGGGGUGAAUGGAGUUGUUCAGUACCCCAAGGGAUUUCUAACGGAAGCCUUCGAGCUGGUGCGAGAGCGGGGAGGCGUGUGCAUUGCGGAUGAAGUGCAGACAGGAUUUGGAAGGUUGGGCUCUCACUUCUGGGGCUUCCAAACCCAUGACGUCCUGCCGGAUAUUGUCACCAUGGCCAAAGGGAUCGGGAAUGGCUUUCCCAUGGCAGCAGUUGUGACAACUCCAGAGAUUGCCAAGUCUUUGGCUAGACGCCUGCAUCAUUUCAACACCUUUGGCGGGAACCCCAUGGCCUGUGCCAUUGGAUCAGCAGUGCUUGAGGUGAUUAAAGAAGAAAACCUGCAAGAAAACAGCCAAGAAGUGGGCACCUAUAUGCUACUGAAGUUUGCUAAGCUGCGGGAUGAAUUUGAAAUUGUUGGAGAUGUCCGAGGCAAAGGGCUCAUGGUAGGAAUAGAAAUGGUGAAGGACAAGGCGAGCCGCCAGCCUCUUCCCUGUGAAGAAGUAAAUCAAAUCCACCAGGACUGCAAAUACAUGGGGCUUCUCAUUGGCAGAGGCGGCAUUUUUUCUCAGACAUUCCGCAUUGCACCCUCGAUGUGCAUCACUAAACCAGAAGUUGAUUUUGCAGUGGAAGUAUUCCGUUCUGCCUUAAUCCAACACAUGGAGAGAAGAGCUAAAUAAAUAUAUUUUUAAUUAAAAAAAACAACCCAGAGCCUCAAGAACUUCCCACUCAUGUUUAAGCAUUAGUUUGAGAAAUUCCAGAGCCCCUGGUAUAUGUUAUAAAAGACAUGGUUGACUGCCUACCAGCCAUGUUUGUAAAUGGAGCCCCUAUUAUCUUGAAAAAUCCAUCUUUGAGGAAAAGAUCUCCAUCCCUAGCUCAGAGAAUAAAUCCUAAUUAGCCUAGGUUAGUUAUGGUCAUUUGAUUCCCCUAUGAUAUGUGACAUGAUUCCUGAAGGAAGCCCCUUUGGUGGAGAUGUUUCAGGGGAAGGUUUCUUCAUCUUUCCCUCUCAGUCUCCUAAAGUGAUGUCUUCUUCUUGCACUGAAACAUCCUGCGUCAUGAUAGAACUGCUCCAACCAUGCCAGCCACUUUGCAGCCAUGAAGACAAAGCUUAUUUGCUGAAGCUGGAAGAUGGAAGGAAGCCAAGUCCUUAGUGAUGUCAAUGUGCCACUGACUUAAUCAAUCCUGGAGCUACCAUACCUUGGGGCUUCUUGUUAAAUGAGAUAAUAAAUUCAAUGUAUUGCACAAGC